AGAUUCCUGGUGGGUGCCGAGGUUCCGGGAACUGGCUGAGCUCAUCCAGCUUGCAGAGAUUCAGAGUGAGAUGAUGGUUAUGAAGGCGUCUGGUAAUCCGUACGCAAGAAACUCUCAGUAAAGCCCUGUGCCCCGCUGGGUGCUGGAGCAUCAGAGGCCAAGCACAACAAGUGUUUAUUGAAUGGAAUGACUUAUCCAUUUAGACCCUGAGGAUCUGUGAACUGUGUUGAUUACAGUAUGCUGCGACGAAAACCAACUCGCCUGGAGCUAAAACUUGAUGACCUUGAGGAAUUUGAGAGCAUUCGAAAGGACCUGGAGACCCGUAAGAAACAGAAAGAAGAUGUGGAAGUCGUGGGAAGCAGCGAUGAAGGAGCCAUUGGGCUCGGCAGUGACCCCAAGAGCCGGGAACAAAUGAUAAAUGAUCGAAUUGGUUAUAAACCCCAACCCAAGCCCAACAAUCGUUCAUCUCAAUUUGGAAGUUUUGAAUUUUAGAGGUGGAUUAUCUUGCACGCCAGAGCCCUGGAGUGGAGUAAAAUGAUGGCAGAUGCACAAACAAGAUUUAGAGAAUUGAGUGUUUGCAGUCAAAUAGAGUGUUUUACCCUCCUGCAGAGAGAAAUACUUCUGCAUGAGAUUACUGAUGCUUAACUAUUUAAAGCUGGAAUCCAAGCUCUGGUUUGUUUCUGAAAAAAAUUUUUUGACUCUAUAAAACUUGUCUGAUUUUUGCUUUUUGAAAUAAACAUAUUU